ACGCCAAGACUCGGAGCGUGCUUGAGUGCUGUGCAGCUUGAGACCUUGAGUGACGCUUGAACUACAGGUCAUUUGUUUGGCGCGUGCAGAGAUGUUGUCCGCGGGCAAUACAUUCAUCUCACGGCACGGGGCAUGUUCUGUCCGGCCUGGUCGGCACCCCAGUGCCCAGGGGUACUUGGCGGCCUAUUCUGGAAGUCUAACACCCGCGCAGUGGCGUUCUGUCGCCUAUUUCAUCUUGUAUUGGCGUGCGUGGUUCGAGUGUCAGGCUGUGGGCAUGUCGUUCAGUGAAGGACGCGCCCAGGGGAGUCCAUGCUGCAGCUGGUUGGCGUGGGUUCGUGCCGGCGCGAUGGGCUUACGACUCAACUUUUUGCGUUCCUGGACAAGAGUAGUGCCUUAAUGCAUAAUGAUUUUAUGACCCAUAAUGGCUUUGUACCAACGGAAGCCCAGCGCGGGCAACGUAUCUGCAGUCGAGACUGCAUCACCUUCAAUACCCGGCAAAUCGCGAGCUCCGCCAACCGAACCAUCACUUAGCUGGAGGCUACUACCCGCACUUGGAUAUUUAGCUACAGGGACCAGCCUCGCGGUCUUGGGCCAAACUGUGUAUGACCAGGGCGCUGCGGACCCCGCCACGCAGCUUAUUGCGUGGACGAAGUAUGUGUGCACUUUUGUUCUGUCGCUGGUAGUGCAGCUGGCAUCCAGCAAGCCGGGCAACGGUCGAGGCGCUCUCGAUGAAGCCAACGCGCGCAAGGCCAUGUGGCUGACGAUGGCGGUGGGGCUGCUUGACACGGUGGCCUACGGUCUGAACUGCAUGGGCUUUGCGCUAUGUGGAUCCUCCCUGAGCAUGGUUGUGUUUGCUGCCAGCGGCCAGGUCUUCACGGCGGUCACCCGCAGGCUGCUGCUGGGCAAGACAAUGACUGGGGGCCAGACACUGGGGGUGGGGCUGGUGGCGUUAGGCCUAGUGGCGCGUUCCGUGCCCACGCUUCGCAAGACCUUCGCCGCGCAAAGCGGGGCCAGUGAUGCUGCAAACGGUGGCAGCGCGUUGGACAUAGCUGCGGCCCUGGCUACAGCCCUGGCUGCGGACCGGGGCAUGGCAGCCGGCGUGGGGCUGGUGGUGCUGUCGGCGCUGGGCUACAGCCUGCUUGGCUGCCUGUACGAGUGGCUGAGUGCGGUGAAGGGCCCAGCCAUGUCGCACGCAAAGGUCGCCACCACCACCUCGCUUAUCGGUCUGGUGGCCACGUCGGUGUUCCAGCUGCUGUACACGCGGCCGCGCUGGCAGGAGAUGGUGCUGGACCGCAUGUCCGCACGGGGCCUGACCUGGAGGCCCGUGAUGCGCCUUUACACCCUGUUCGGAGCCUUGUUCACGGUGCACGGGCUGGUCCAGGGUGUGGUGCUGCAGCGCAGCGGCGCCACCGCCGUGGGCAUCGUGAGCGCCUGCAGGGCCUCAGCAGUGGCGGUGGCCAGCGGUUUCAUGUUCUGUCGGCCGGAGGCGCCGCAGCAGUGCCUCACGCCCGCCACCUUGGCCUCUGCUGCCAUCGUAACUGGCGGCGCCCUACUGUGGAGCCUAACAGGACCUCGCAAGCCGUGGGCAGCAGCAAGCGCCGCGUCUGUGAUCACGGCCGCAGGGGACGACGUGCAAGCAGAAGCUUCAUACAAGCACGGCAAGGCCAGCUGACUGGGGGAGGGCCAGACACUGCCUGCCAUCGCGGUGGCGCCUGGCUGGCGCACCGUGAUGCCGUUGUGAGGCGUGUGUACCGAGGCUGUUUGGGCGCACAUCUCCGAGCUCUCUUUAUGUGGUGUCGUGGUGCUGACGGGGCUGGGCCUCCGGGUACGUGUCACGCGUGGCAUCUUUAGUUGUGAACGUAUGCUCCAGCGUACUGGGCUUCCCCGCUCUUCCUACGGACUUGAGUUUUCCCGGACAAUGACCUCGGAGGUAGCCGGCUCGGGUUGAACUCAUGCGCCAUUUGCGAUCCAUGCAUUGACAAUGGGACAGGGUCAGGGGCAGGUUAGAGGAGGCCCUAGUGUGCAGCGUAUUUCCAGGCCCCAACAAUCAACAGUCAAUUGGCGAUGUCAAGGCAUGAACGCGCGGCUCGUAUCAUGCUAAAGUUACUGCACCGUGGCGUUGCUGACUUGCUGGCAGGCUGUAGUUUGCUGACGCGCAUUCCUCACGC